AUGCCAAAAUUCCUACUUUAAGAUGCUGAAAGCUCUUUUUAACGAUACAGAAAUCCAUUGAAUGAAUUUUAACACAAGAGUGAAUCAAAUUCUUUUGAGCAUAAAUAAGGUGAUAUGCAAUUUCCGAUUCAACAAUACACAUUCUUUCAGUCAACUCCCAUUUUUCCAAUAUUAGGCGAACCAAAAAAUGAGUUUAUAGAAACAGCAAAUCAAUUUAUUAAGAAUGGCAUGUAAAAUAGCUUGGCAAGCAUGAUUUAAAAGUAGAGUAUCGUUUAAAAUGAAUUCAAAUUAAAUUAAACUACAUAUGGAUGCAAAAAAAUGUGUGAAAUCGAUUGCAUGUUGGUAGAAAGAUAUUUUAAUCAAAAAUAUUGGAUAUUCUAAAAUUCAAAUUAGAAGUACAAGCUAGAUUAAACAAAAACCAAUAAUACAGAUUGGCUCAAAGCCAGAAUGCAGCAUAGAUAUAAAUCUUAAAUCUAUGAUGCAUUCUCUGAAAUGAUAGAUUUAAUACUGAAGGAAGGAGAAAUCCAAAUGAAUUCUAGAACUCAGUUAAUUAAAAUACAGAAUCUCAAAGGAUUCUAGAAUCUAGAGAGACAAAUCUAGAAAGCAGUUAAGGCAGAGAGAAAGUUUGAUGCUUUUCUAUUCGAAAUUUAAAAGGUCUUAGCAGAUUUUAUAUUUUCAACUAUAAAUUGA